CUGCCUUUUCUUUUCUACAGGAUUAUUUUACAGAUGAAAACAGAGUACUAAAAAAGGACCCUCAACAGGAUUAUCAUCUGGAAUAUGCCAUGGAAAACAGUACACAUACAAUAUUGGCUUUUAGCAGAGAACUGCACACUUGUGACACAAAUGACAAGAGCAUAACGGAGAGCACAGUGCGGGUGAUAUGGGCCUACCAUCACAAAGACAUGGGAGAAGCAGGUCAAAAUUACCACGGGUCUAAUCGUGGUACAAAGAGUCUACGUUUACUGAAUCCUGAGAAAGAAGAAGUCUUAUCUGCCUCUUUGCUGCACUUUGACUUGACAAACAAAGACGUGCCUGUACCAGACAAGGAUACAACAUAUUGGUGCCAGAUGUUUAAGAUUCCUGUACAACAUGAAAAGCAUCAUGUGAUAAAGGUUGAGCCAUUGAUCCAGAAAGGCCACGAGAAUCUGGUGCACCAUAUCCUGCUCUACCAGUGCAGCAGCAACUUGAACGACAGUGUGCUGGACUACGGGCAUGAGUGUUACCACCCCAACAUGCCAGACUCUUUUCUCACAUGUGAGACGGUCAUUUUUGCUUGGGCCAUUGGAGGAGAGGGCUUCACCUACCCUUCUCACGUUGGCUUAUCCAUUGGCACGGCAGCUGACCCUCAGUUUGUUCUUAUGGAGGUGCAUUAUGACAAUCCAUCAUACACAGAAGGCUUGAUAGAUAACUCUGGUCUGAGGCUCAUUUAUACUCCAGUUUUAAGGAAAUACGAUGCUGGGGUUAUUGAGGCUGGUCUUUGGGUCAGCCUCUUCCACAAUAUCCCACCAGGCAUGCCUGAAUUUGUGUCAGAGGGUCACUGCACGCUGGAAUGUCUGGAAGAGGCUCUAGGUGCUGAGAGACCUGCUGGGAUUCACGUCUUUGCGGUACUUCUUCAUGCUCAUCUUGCUGGCAGAGCAAUCAGGAUGCGCCACUUCCACAACGGCGAGGAGCAGAAGCUGCUUGCUUAUGACGAUGAGUUUGACUUCAACUUCCAGGAGUUUCAGUAUCUGAAAGAAGAAAGGACCAUCUUGCCAGGGGAUAAUUUAAUCACAGAAUGUCACUACAGUACUGUGGACCGAAUUCGCAUGACAUGGGGUGGUCUGAGCACCAGGAAUGAAAUGUGCCUGUCAUAUCUGCUCUAUUACCCAAGAAUCAACCUCACCCGAUGUGCAAGUAUUCCAGAUAUAAUGGAACAGCUCCAGUUCAUUGGUGUUAAGGAAAUCUAUAGACCAGUCAGGACUUGGCCUUUCAUUAUCAAGAGUCCUAAGCAAUAUAAAAACCUGUCUUUUAUGGAUGCGAUGAAUAAAUUCAAAUGGUCCAGAUCGGAGGGUCUCUCCUAUAAUGAACUUGUGCUUAAACUACCGGUGAACGUGAGAUGUUCAAAAACAGAUAAUGCAGAAUGGUCGAUCCAAGGCAUGACAGCUUUACCCCCUGAAAUAGAGAGACCGUACAAGGCAGAACCAGUAAUAUGCAGCUCAUCUUCCUGUUUACAUUGCAGUUUAUUCCUCACCCUGUCGUUUGUUGUCCAUGUCACAGCCAGUACCAUCGGAAACAUUGGGCCCUUUGUAUAAUAAUUUUUAUUCAUUUGUGUUCUGUAUGCCAUGCAAGUUCUGAUGUGUUUGCACUGUUGCUAUUGUAGAUUUAUUUUUUUACGUAUUAAUAAACUAAAUUUGCCAGUUCAAAAUAAAAUGUGUACUUCCUC